GGACACGUCAAAAUAAAAGUUUUCGUUAUUUAUACUCAAACAACUUUGUCAUAAAUAUUGGCCAUGUAACUAGGAUUUUUUGCUUCAUGUAGUGUUUUUGACUUGGGAUAUGGACUCAAAGCGACUCCCGGCGAAGACGGGAAACCUAAGCACAGAUUUAACCCAAAGCAUCGAGGAUGACCCUUUGAUCGAUGGGCCGCUCAUAGCACAGAAUGCCUUGGAUUCAGCCAUCAAAAGAGAGUUUAAAAAAAUACCCACUAACUGGGGAGCCAUUUCACUGACUGUGUUGCAUGUGGCGUAUGUGAGCGUGUGCGUGGCCCUGGCUGCAGUGUGCUGGUUAACUGACACUCAUUCUGCGGAAUGCACAGCAGCAUUGAACGGGGUGGACUCGAGAACCCUGGUGUUGUUAUUAAAGGCGGGUCUGUGGAUACUGGUCUUUCUCUUUGAGAGAUGUGUGCAGUAUCACCACAGCGCAUUGAGGCAGAGAGGAUACCUGAGGUUUUACAGGAGAACCGCCAAGCUCAAGCACCUGCCGUUACUCAUACACUCCGCAGGUAACGCUGCAGUGCUGAUAGUAAUCGCCCCCUCCUCUAUGUUGGAUAACAAAGUGAAAAAUCUCUCUGUGUAUCUGCUCCUCGUCAUCAUCUGUGUGGAACUACUUGCAUCUCUUGUAUGCCUUCUGGUCUAUGCAGCACAAGUGUUAAAGUUUAACAAGCAAAGCCUCGGUCCAGAUAUCACAGAAGACGAGAGAUCUCACACCUUCUCCGUCACUGACAGCAACACGCACACGGAAAUGGGCUUCAGAGAUGGCUCCUGUCUUGAAGAGGUUGUGGAGAAACAAGCAGACCUGAUCGAGUAUCUGAAGCAGCACAACGUGAUGCUGAGCAAAAGAAUCCUGACACUCGCGGCACGACAGGCCCGAGAAUGAGAAAAGAGAAGAGGAGUGGUGAAGAGAGGAUUCCAGUUGUUUGACUAGGCUUUAAAUGCACGUGUCUCUCGGUGUGUUUGUUUGCUGACUGACAGCAGUGGCCGUGGUCGACUAAUCACACGGCUUGUAAUGGGGGAAAUACUCCUUAACAUUGCUUUCAUGCUUCCCCCGGUAACAGGUCCUGUAAGAUAAAGGACUGCCGAAUGCAUUUAACGGGAAGUAAAAAAAUAAAAAAAUUUGUUAUAAAACCACCAGCUGUGAAAGCAAACAAUAAUGUAGAUGCUUCUAAAGUAAGGUCAAGAAUUUAGGAUUCAACAUAAAUAUAUAUUUUUGAAUAGAACUGACAAAUAACUUGAACCUUUCAAGUCUGAUUGCGAUCAAUCUUGUUUAUUGAUUGUAGUUUCUGUAGCUAAUAUUGAAUGCACAGUGGUUUUUCUAUGUAUUUUCUUUUGAUUUAAAUUCAGGUUCGUAAUAAAAUGUGGGUCCUUUUUAAA